GCCAGUCUCUUUGUACCUCCACAGGACCCCACCAAACCUCUACAUCCCCACAGGACCGCCCUUCAUAGGACCCCGCUGAACCUCUCAGUACCUCCAUACAGUACCUCCAUAGGACCCUGCUCCUCCAUUCCAGGACCCCACAGCGCUGGUCUCUAUGCCCUACCCCCCUCCCCAGUCUCAGGGCCUCACCUCCCCAGUUAUUCCCGCUUUUACGGUUUUGGGACCCACUGGGCCUACUCCUCCCCUCUCCAACAUGCAUCUUGUUCUCUCCUCCUGUGUCCCUCCCUCUCAGCACAGACCCCCAGGGGGUGGAGACUGAGGCCUGAGCCUUGGGUGUGGUGAAGCCAGGUCAAGGAGCAAGAUGGUGGAGGGUUGGUGCUAGGAGCCAGGGCUGGGGACAGCAGACAGCGGAGGCUUCUGACUGGGAUGCUGAUGUGGAGGGCAGUGGCCACAGGAGUAGUGAGGAGCAUGUUGCUCACAGGGGCCAGCCAUCGGGCAACAGUCUGGUUAGUGGCUGGAAGGUGGCCUAACUUGCUGCCUGCCAUCUGACCAAGGGGCCCUGGGAGCCUUGGGGACCCUACCCCACCUGAUCCUGAUCCUUCCCCUAGAGCCUCAGAGGUGAAGACCCACAGCCUGCUGAGGGUCAAGAUGGACAGCAAGCAGCUGUGGGCACAGCAGUCACAGCCCACUCAAGAGCAUAGGCAGCCCUUUCCCCCUGGGGGCCAGUCUAGGACCAGGGGCCAACCGGGUGCCCAGAGCAGUAACCAGCAUGGAUUGCAAACGCAGGACUGGGUGUGUGAGCCACAGGAGCACAGGCGCCCACGCCGCCACUGGAGCAUCAGCAUCGAUGAGCGCCGGCGGCUGGCCAUGCUGGGCACCCCCUCCCAAGACAGGGACAUCACGCAGAUGGUGGCAGAGCUGGUGUCUGAGGAUGUGGACAAGGAUGUGCUCCUCGCACAGCCACCCAGGUCUGCUGAGUCCACUAAUGCCUUCUACGACUUCCUGGCCCGGAGCACGCCCUUCUGGCAGAGUGCGACUUUGAAGAGCCAAGCCUCGGGGUCUCCCAGCUCCUAGGAGCUCUCGGACCUCAGCUUUCCAGAGCUUCUCCGUGGGGAGGUUUUGGGGGAGACCUCUGUGUCCUUGUGUCUCACCAGGGAGAAAACAGGCCUCAAAGUACUGCCUGCCUGGGGCUGCUGGGAGGUGUGGCGGCUGCCGGGGAGGGGUCCUGCCCCAGCCUCCUCCACCUGGAAGGUGAGGGGCAGAGGGUCCUGCCGGCAGAUGGAGGCCUACCUUACGCUGUCAGGAGGAAGUUCUGGGGCACCUGGGUGCCAGGUGCCCCACCCUGGGGCUGACAGCACCUCUGGAGCCUUGGUCCUGCCUUUGAAGGCCCAGACAGGAUUCCAGGACCCAGCAGUGAUGUGGGGUGGGGGUGGGGCAGCUGGGUGAGGCACACAGAGGGAGGUUUCCUGAGGAAGAGAGCUCCCAGCUCUGGAAGUGUACCUGGAGGUGGACUAGGGUGCAUAGAGGGUCUGGGGUGGCCUUGAGAAGCUGGCUGGACAAGUGGCCCCAGGCCUUAGGCUGGAGCCAUAACUGCCUGGUCUCAAGGCGUGGGACUGCAGAAGGGUUCUGAGCCAGGGUGACAAUCCAGGCUGCAUUUUGAGGCGAUGGAGCUGGAGGGGCCUGGGGGUGGGAGAUAGGGAAAGGAGGGAGGGU